AUGGUUCUGUCUGAGGGCGUAUUUAUUGGGUGCAACAGACAAACACAAGUCAGUGAUUACAGCUCCAAAUGGAAAGUCGCUGCUUUCGGUGCUGGUAAAACUAUUGCGCUGUGGAAACCGUUAGAAUCGGCCGCGCGUGGUGUCUAUGUUACUCUCAAGGGCCACAAAGCCGAAGUCACUUGCGUCAGAUUUGUGAAAGAUUCAGAUUUGAUGAUAACGGCCUCAGAAGAUUUUCAGAUAAAGAUAUGGGAACAUUCAAACGAUACGUUCGAAAAUAUUCAGACACUAAACCAUCACAAGCACACAAUCACUGCGAUUGCAGUGCUGCACGAUAUUUUUGCGGUAGGGUGCGCGGAUGGAUCAGUUUCCAUUUGGAGCUUGGCCAGUGGAAAGGCACAGUUGGCGCAUUCCUUUGAGCCCAAAACAAAUACUUUCCCGCUAUGUUUGGCCCUAAAAAGCAUGCAAGAUAACAGCAUGCUAUUGGCUGUUGGUGGAACGAACCCCAACGUAUUCAUUUAUUCUUUUGAGUGGAGGGCUCAAGAGAUGUCAAAUUUUCAACAAGCGGCUGUGCUUGAAGGUCAUGAAGAUUGGAUCAAGGCAAUGGAUUUCUAUGAGGAGUCGAAGGGAAACAUCCUCCUUGCAACUGGGUCACAAGAUCGCUACAUAAGACUCUGGAGAAUACGAACUAACGAACUUAUUGAUAAUUCAGAUGAGGAUGAUUCCAAAUUGAAACUUCUAUCGAACAAACAAUCGAAAUUCAUGGCAAAUGCAAAUUUAAAAGUUGCAAUUAAUUUUGAAGCUCUGAUUGUUGGCCACGACGAUUGGAUCUCCUGUUUGCAAUGGCACAAAGAUCGUUUACAGUUAAUGGCUUCUACAGCCGAUACAGCCGUAAUGAUUUGGGAACCUGAUGAGGAUUCUGGAGUGUGGAUUUGUGCUUCUCGUCUGGGAGAACUAUCAUCAAAGGGCGCGUCUACGGCCACUGGAUCAGCUGGAGGAUUUUGGUCUUGUAAUUGGCUAUUUCAUGAGGGAAGGGACUAUAUCUUAACCAACGGCAAAACAGGAUCGUGGAGAAUGUGGGGCUCGGGUGAGAUGGGAAUAUGGCAUCAACACUUGGCGAUCACAGGCCCUGCAAAAGCUGCGACAGAUGCUGCAUGGUCUCCUGAUGGUACCUAUUUGCUAGUUACGUCUUUGGAUCAAACUACUCGGUUACUAUCAAAAUAUAGGAGAACAGACGACCGUGAUGAAAAAGCUGGAUCGUGGUUUGAAUUCGCGAGGCCCCAGAUUCAUGGCUACGAUAUGAUGUGUGUCGAACCCCUUUCAAAAACUAGAUUCAUCAGCGGUGGAGAUGAGAAAAUAUUGAGAUCUUUCGACGAGCCUAAAGGAGUUGCACAAAUUCUAGAAAAGUUUGCCGGCAUACACAUCGAGCAUCCAGAUGUCAUGCCUGACUCUGCGGCUCUGCCUGCCCUCGGUUUGUCAAGUAAGGCGGUCGCAGAUACAGAAGACGAGGAAGAGGAGGAUCCCGAUGCCAGAGAAACCAACGAAACCAAAAACAUCUCUUUUGACGUUGUCUCGUCUUUGACCACUCCACCCAUUGAAGAUCAACUUCAAAGGCAUACUCUUUGGCCUGAAAUUGAAAAGCUUUAUGGUCACGGGUACGAAAUAUCCUGCCUUGAUAUAAGUGCAGACUCUAAUGUUGUUGCUUCUGCCUGUAAAUCGAACAACACGCAACACGCUGUCAUUCGCUUUUUUGAUACACGUACUUGGCUGCAGCUAAAGCCUGCCGAACAACUUCACGCUUUAACUAUAACAAGGCUAAAGUUUUCCAAUGACAACACCUCGCUGUUGAGUGUCAGCCGCGACAGACAAUGGGCAAUUUGGAGAAGAGAUUUGACAUCGAACGAAUUUCAUCUGGCAUACAAAAAUGAGAGGGCUCAUACUAGAAUUAUCUGGGACGGUGAUUGGGCGCCUCUCGAAUACGGUCAGCUCUUCGUCACCGCGUCAAGAGAUAAGAGCGUCAAAGCUUGGAGGUUUUCCUCCAGUGUAAGUGAUUACGUUGAAGAUGGACUUUUCAAGCUCGGUGAGCCCGUAACAGCUCUAUCGAUUUACCCAGAGCUUUUUAACGGCAAAAUUUUACUAGCUUUAGGACUAGAAAGCGGGGCGAUCGAGAUUUUCAUCUACGGGGAGCAGUUCUGCAGAAUUACAAGGCUGGACGAUAAAAUCACUCCAGCGGAUAGAAUAAACAGACUAAGAUGGUCUCCUGUGCACGAUGGGUGCAAACUUAACCUAGCAUCGGUAAGUGCUGAUCAUUCGGCUCGUAUAUAUUCUAUAGACCUAAGUUUCGUGGAGGAGCUGUCUAGAUAA